CUCCAGGAUAAUGGUUUUCGCCUUCGCCCAGAAAAAUGCCAAUUCUUCUUACGUUUCGUUAAGUACCUGGGGUUUAUCUUUGAUGCUUCCGGACGACACCCUGAUCCUCAAAAUACUUACGCAAUCCAACAAAUGCCUGCUCCCACUGAUGUCUCCUCACUCCGAUCAUUUUUGGGGAUGAUUAGCUACUAUUCAGCAUUUCUUCCAUCACUGCAUGACGUACGAUAUCCAUUAAAUCGUCUGCUAGAAAAGAAUGCUACUUGGAAUUGGUCAACGCAAUGUGAGUCAGCCUUUUCAAAACUUAAAGCUAUGCUAAGUUCCAAUCUUCUGCUAACCCACUACAAUCCGAAACUACCCAUUGUGGUUGCUGCUGACGCUUCAACACAUGGACUGGGUGCCGUAAUCUCACAUGUCUUUCCCGACGGGUCAGAGAAAGCGGUGAUGCACGCUUCGAGAACACUAACACCUGCUGAGAAACGCUACGGCCAGAUAGAGAAGGAAGCGUUAGCCCUAAUUUUUGCUGUCCGGCGAUUCCACAAAUUCAUUUAUGGGCGCCGUUUCACCUUGCUCACAGACCACAAACCUUUGUUAUCAGUCUUUGGAUCAAAGAAAGGCAUUUCUGCCCAUUCUGCUAAUCGUCUUCAACGUUGGGCGUUGGCGUUAUUGGGGUACGACUUCGACAUCCAGUAUCGACGUUCCGAAGAUUUUGGUCAAGCGGAUGCACUGUCCAGACUUAUCAGUAACCAUUCUACCACUGAUGAGGACACACUCAUAGCCAUAUUAUCAACCGAAGAGGAUUCCGGUGCUACACUAUUGGCGAAUGCCGUUCGAGCAAUCUCUGUUACCGCUGAAGAUGUUUGGGAAGCUACCAGAGAAGACCCGAUUAUCCAAGAAGCGAUCACCUAUGUUCAUAGCAGAUGGCCAGUUAAGCAGCUGAGUGGUGAUAUGCAACAACUAGCGAAUCGUCGCAGCGCUCUCUGUAUUGUUAACGAUUGUCUGAUGUUCGGUGAUCGCGUAUUAAUUCCAACAACCCUACGUUCCAAAGUCCUACGCCAAUUCCACUCUGGACACCCAGGGAUAAACCGUAUGAAUUCCAUCGCUCGAAGCUAUGCAUAUUGGCCAAAUAUGGACAAACAGAUUGUCGACUUCGUCAAAAGAUGUUCACAUUGCCAAAAAGCUGCGAAAAAUCCUCCUAAGUUGCCUCCAGUACCUUGGCCGAAGUCAGAAAAACCCUGGUUGCGAAUGCAUAUUGACUUCACCGGAACCCUAGAUGGUACCACAUAUCUGAUACUGGUUGACUCAUACUCCAAAUGGCCGGAGAUAUUGCCGAUUGCGCCACCCUCUACAACUCGAACCAUCAAACUCCUUAAUCGGAUCUUCGCUCAGCAUGGUCUUCCAGAAACAAUAGUAACAGACAAUGGUUCACAAUUCACAUCUAGCCAAUUCCGAGAAUUUUGCCUGCAAAAUUCGAUCAACCAUGUUCGUUCUACGUCAUAUCACCCGCAAUCUAAUGGACAAGCUGAAAGGUUCGUUGAUACAUUUAAACGAGCCAUGCUUAAAGCACGAGGGGAGGGGACCACAGAAGAUAUCAUAGAACGAUUUCUAGUUGCGUACCUGACGACCCCGCAUGACUUAUUGCCAAACUCCAAAUCCCCUGCUGAGAUGCUUAUGGGGCGAAAACUACGGACAGUUCAUGGUGCGAUGAAACCCAAGCAAGUGGCCCGGCAAAGCCCCUAG